CUUUAGAAAAGAUCGUUUCACAUCGGUCGUUUGAGUCUACGUAGUCCCGAAAGUUAGUCUGCGAUCGAGAGACCUGUACUUCGAAGGAAAAGAAUAAAAAAGAAAAGAGAACUAACAGCCGCGCGUCGUCGUCCGGAACGGUCGUCCUCUUCGAACAGUUCCGGUUCGUAUUUCGGUUGAUCGAAACGAUCCUCACGGGAGCAGUACCGAAAUGACGUUACCCUCGUGGCACAUUCGGUGAACUCGAGACUCGGAAAGUGUCCCUUUACUGGAUUAAUAACGCUCGCGAUUUCGAAGUGUCGUCGGAAGAGAUUUGUUCGUCGAUCGAUACUACUGGCAAACAAAUAGGGUGAUCGUCUGAGACCAAAGUUAUCAGAGAGGGUCGUGGAGACAUGGAGAGAAUAGCUGUGCUUCUUCUGAUUAUCGUCGGCUUCGUUACGCGAGGCUGCUAUGGUGCCGGAUGCGGUUACCCUGGAGCACCUGCGCACAGUAGCGUCAGGUUCACGGGAACAGGUGCCCAGGACGUCAUAGACGAAGAAGAUGCUCUUCUUAAGGACACGAUGCUCCUCGAGGGUACCGUGGCUACGUACUCCUGCGAGCGAGGCUUCGAGCUCCUUGGACCAGCACGAAGACAGUGUCAGGCUGAUGGUUCCUGGUUACCGGAAGGAGUACCCUUUUGUGUUCUGAAUGUUGCUGGAGGGAAAGCACCGAUGCAGUCGAGCAGCACCGAGGGUGGAAUUCCGCAGCGUGCUGUCGACGGCAGCAGCGGUCAAAUUUACACCCCCCAGACUUGUACCCUUACAAGACCUGAACACAGGCCAUGGUGGUACGUGAACUUACUCGAGCCGUACAUGGUGCAACUGGUCCGGCUAGAUUUUGGCAAGCCAUGCUGUGGCGAUGGCAUACCCGGAACAAUCGUCGUUCGCGUCGGCAAUAAUCGUCCAGACUUGGGAACGAAUCCAAUUUGCAAUCGCUUCACCGGACCCCUCGAGGAAGGGCAACCUCUGUUUCUUCCCUGCAAUCCGCCUAUGCCUGGAGCUUUCGUUUCCGUACACUUGGAAGCGAACACCCCGGCACCCAUCCCUGUGCAGCUUUCGUUGUGCGAGGCUUUCGUCUACACUGACCAGGCUCUCCCAAUCGAAAGAUGCCCACAGUUUAGAGAUCAACCACCAGGGUCAACUGCAACUUACAAUGGAAAAUGUUACAUUUUCUAUAACCGGCAACCAAUGGUAUUCAGAGAAGCUCUAGCCUUCUGUCGUGCACGGGGCGGUACGCUGGUAGACGAAAGUAAUCCUGCGUUGCAAGGAUUUAUUUCGUGGGAGUUAUGGAGACGACAUAGGAGCGACACCUCGAGUCAAUACUGGAUGGGCGCAGUGAGGGAUCAAAAGGAUCGCUCGAUUUGGAGGUGGACAGGAAGCGGCGAAGAGGUUUCCGUUUCUUUUUGGAGUCUGCCUCAAGGUACCGAAGAAGAUUGCGCUCGAUACGAUGGUAGUAGAGGCUGGCUCUGGUCCGAUACCCCUUGUACGGCUCGAUUAAAUUUCAUCUGCCAGCAUCAGCCACGAGCGUGCGGUAGACCAGAGCAGCCACCAAAUUCCACGAUGAUUGUGACCGCGAUGACAGAACGGAAUUCUGGUAGCUCGUACGAAGUUGGAGCAACGGUAGAGUAUACCUGUACGGCGGGUAGUCUUCUUAUAGGACCAUCGACUCGUACUUGCCUCGAUACCGGCUUCUACAACGAGUUUCCACCAGUGUGCAAAAGCAUCGAGUGCGGUUAUCCGGCGAGCAUAAAACACGGAGGUUACACACUUAUCAAUAAUACCGUUAGUUAUCUAAGUCAGGUGCUUUACUCCUGCGAGGAAGGAUACGAGAUGACUGGACGCGCAAGAUUAACUUGCGACAUCGAUGAACGUUGGAACGGGCCACCGCCACGAUGCGAACCAAUUUUAUGCGAUCCUCCAACCCCUGUGCCCCACAGUUACAUUCAAAUAGAGGAGAUCGACGAAACCGAGACGAUAUCGGGGAAGACGAGCUUCAAUCGAAGUCUUCUCGUAGGCAGUAUCGUCACCUACACUUGCGAGAAGGGCUACAGGCUUACUGGAUUCCGACAGAUACUGUGUUUACCCACUGGAUUAUACGAUCACGUCGCACCUACCUGUACAGAUGAGCCCCGUACCACGGUGGCGAUUCCAACCAGGAUGACAGUGCGUCCAACGACUUCCAGGACACGGCACACGCUCCUCCCGCCAAAAGUGCGAUCGACGACCUCAUUACCAAUUACUACGACCACUACCACAGUCGUUCCACCUCGAAAAGUCUCGAAUACUGGGGAAUUACCAGCGAUGGUCCGAGAAACAAUCCCGAGGAAGCCAAGCAUCGGGCUGCAGAGGCCAGCCCCGUCGACGUCGACCAGUUUGCACGAGGACAGCAACGAUCAUCCCCAGGACAACGAAAUCUCUGGUAGCGGGGUCGAUAACGCCCAGGUUGGCAUCGGGACUGGCGUCCCAGAACCUUCUGGACCGUACAGGGUGGACAACGCCGACCAGCCGAGUAACACCCACCAAGCGAAAUUAAAUCUAGGCGCGGUGAUCGCCUUGGGCGUCUUCGGUGGUUUCGUAUUCCUUGCCGCUGUAAUUACGACGGUCGUAAUACUCAUUCGCAGAAAUCGCGGCAGAAGCAGCAAGCAUUAUCGGCAUCGUGCAUCCCCAGAUUGCAAUACCGUUGCUAGUUUCGGAAGCAGUUCGUCGGAAAGUCGAGGAGGUUUGAACCGUUACUACCGUCAAGCUUGGGAAAACCUGCACGAGACGGCUGGCCAUAAAGCCGCUCAUCCUCCACUUCGUCGCAAAGAAACCCUGGAUGAACCAGGAUACCGAGAAAACUAUCGUGGUAACAACACUGAAAGGGAUGGCUCAGAAUUAGUUGUGAGCGACGUUGCUACUUAUCCGUCUAGCAAACAUGCCAGCAUUUCUGAGAAGAAACGCCAUCACCACCAUCAUCAUCAUCACCACGGUAACUCAACACCCGAGUGGAGGCAAUCCCAAUCUCAUCACAGAUACUGAACACCGCAUAUGCUAGAAAGGAUCUUUCGCAUCCGUAAUUCGGUGAAACAGUACUGUGACAAGUCAUGAUUGGCUUGCGAGUAGGCUUUUAUGAUAUUGUACAUCAGUGAAUUCCACGUACAAUUCAAGAAACGUGAUGAACGAUUAGACACUGCGCUGGAGAGAUCUUGAGCGUAAUUGAUGAACAAGAAUUAUUUAGAACGCGAUCAUCCUACAUUUAUUUUUCUAUUAUACAGUAAAUUAUUUACAACUACCUUGUUACGUAAUGUAAAUAUCGUUUACGCUGUAGUAUAAGUGAGAGGUGUAAGUUGUUUGCGAAUGUAGGAGGAUCAUAAGUUGAUCGGAGGACAUGCCAAAAAAACGAGAGAGUAAUAUAUAUGUAAUUAACGAUUACAAGAUUUCUAAUAAAUAUUUCUUCUUUUAAGCUAUUGUAGGAAUUUUUGGUUACAACGAUAUUUCUAAUGGUACAAUAUUCAUGAAAAUCACCUACUUGACAGGAUUUAAAUCUGCUAUGGGCACCUUGGCCUUGCCUUAAGGGAUUUGAACAAAGUUCUUGUAGUAACACGAUAUUCGAAGAAAGUAUCGUUAAGGAAAGGCCGACGUUAUCCAUUUCAGGAUCAAAAUCUAGUUAUGGUACUCGUUUAAGACGAUAAGAUAAUUAAUUGUAUUAAAGUUUAUAUCAAAUCUGCGUUUGCAGAAUUUACAU